UCGAUGUUUUGCCUUCGCGUAGUUUCGUGCACGAUGUUAUUUUUUUGCGUAAAUUAAAAUAAAAUCAAGAAUUUAAUUAGCUUUUUAAUUAAAAAUACUGUUCUUUGAUCACAAUGACCACUAAUACCAGAGCUCCGGUAUCCCAAAUAUUACGCAAUAAAGACGAAACUGGCGAAGAGGAUGAUGAACCAAAAAAGAAGUCCAGAGAGGACUGGAGGAAAGCCAAGGAGUUGGAAGAGGCUAGAAAAGCUGGAACAGCCCCCGCUGCUGUUGAUGAGACAGGCAAAGACAUAAAUCCGCACAUUCCUCAAUACAUAUCCUCGGCGCCAUGGUACUACGGCACUUCUGGGCCAACGCUCAAGCAUCAACGGCCACAAGAAGACAGGGAGGCCAAAUUCACUAAGCUUGACACUUAUUACAACAAGGGAGUGGAUACGACUCAAGUAGCCACAAAAUUCAGGAAGGGAGCAUGUGAGAACUGCGGAGCGAUGACACAUAAGAAGAAAGAUUGCUUAGAAAGACCAAGGAAGAUUGGUGCAAGAUUUACAAAUGCAGGCAUUGCAGCAGAUGAAUUUAACCAGCCCAACUUGAACUUAAGUUACGAUGGCAAAAGGGACCGGUGGAAUGGUUACGAUCCGCUACAACAUAAAGCCAUCAUUGAAGAGUAUCAAAAAGUCGAGGAUGCUAAAAGGGAACUGAGGGCAAAGAAAUUAGAACAAGAUCCAUCAGCAAUGGAAGAUGAGGAUAAUGUGGAGGAAGAUGAAGACAAAUAUGUGGAUGAGGUUGACAUGCCGGGUACCAAGGUGGACUCCAAACAACGUAUCACAGUCAGAAAUCUGCGUAUCAGAGAGGACACAGCGAAGUACUUGAGGAACUUGGAUCCCAACUCUGCAUACUAUGACCCGAAGACGCGCUCUAUGAGGGACAACCCUGACCCUGAGGCUGCCGAGUCAGAAUACGCGGGCGAGAACUUCGUGCGGUUCACGGGCGACACGCGCUCGCACGCCGCGGCGCAGGUGUUCGCGUGGGAGGCGCAGGCGCGCGGGCUGGACGUGCACCUGCUGGCCGAGCCCACCAAGCUGCAGCUGCUGCAGCGCCAGUACGCCGAGCGCAAGCAGCAGUUCAAGACGCAGGUGAAACAAUCAGUCCUGGAGAAGUACGGAGGCGAGGAGCACCUCAAGGCGCCACCACGGGAGCUGCUCCUGGCUCAGAGCGAGGUGUUCACGCGGUACAACAGAGACGGAACGCUGGUGCAGGGACCAGAGAAACAGUUGGCUAAGAGUAAAUACGAAGAGGACGUGCUUAUAAACAACCACACCAGCGUGUGGGGCUCGUACUGGCGCGACGGGCAGUGGGGCUACAAAUGCUGCCACUCCUUCAUCAAGAUGUCAUACUGCGUGGGUGAAGCCGGCAAGUCGGUGGUAUUAGAAGUACAAGAUAAGGACAAAAUUACCGCUAGUUCCAGCGCCGCCAAAGAAUCGCCAGAGAAAAAGGAAAAAGAAAAGUCAGACAAAUCAUCAUCAGACUCAAGCUCGGAAAGCAGUUCGUCAGAAUCCGAGGCAGAUAUCAGAUCGAAGACGGAGAAGACAAGUAAAAAGAAGAAAAAUAAGAAAAAAGCCAAAAAGAAGAAGAGGAAGGACCUCAAAAAGGAGAAAAAGGAAGAGGAUAAACUCAAAAAGGCUCUCGAGAAAGAAGAGAGACAGCAGAGGCACGCAGACUUCCUUCUGUCUGUGGACGAGCGCAAGCGGCCGUACAACAGCAUGGUGGAAGUCAAAGCGCCUACUGACCAGGAAAUGGAGGCCUAUAUGAUGAAGCGACGGCGCGAGGAAGACCCCAUGAGCCAGUUCAUGUGAUUGUACAGACAUCUUAGCACAAAAAUAAAUAAGAAAUAUCA